AUGCAGCAAUGUGAAGCUGUGCAGUCUCAGGGCGCGAAAUACAUUCCCUGUCGCGCGAUCGCUAUUGCAGACUCAGCAUGGUGCACACUGCAUCAUCAGGAACAAGCGAAGUACUACAAGCUUUACAAGCACGCUUCUCAUGCCUACAAGACAUAUGAGAUCUUGCUCGGUUCAUCCUGCGUCAUGUCGCUACCCUGCAUCGAUCUCGCAAUCGUCGUCGGCGGCAUGUCCGAUCUACAAGCCCUUCAAGACAAAGCCCACGAUGUACGUCGAAAGCACACGCUUGCGUCGCAGGUCAUCGCCCGGCGAGAAGAUCAUCACGCUCAAUUCUGUCGAGGCGGCGACGCGUCGCACGUUGCUUUUCUUGAUGGACUCAAAGCCGAGCGACGACAUCUCACAGCCUUGCUCCACAUCCUCGAGGAGCAGGCCUACUCUGUCCUCUUGACGCAGAAUCAAGCAGGCUGGCUCCAACAAGCCGAAGUUGCUAUUUCCUGCGAAAUCCCUGAAGACGCCCCGAGCGACUCAGAAAGCGCCGACUCAGACUCGGAUCAUGACUCGAAUUCGUCUAGGCGUUCUCACACUACUCCGCCAAGCUCACAGACCUCACUAGACGCCUUCACGAGCGAUAGAGCCGCUCUGACUGUCACUCAACAGCUCGAAUUGGGCCUGAGAGACCAUUUUUGCUACGAAGAUGUGCACCGAUCGAGGAAAGCGCAGCUACAGACUAUCAUCCUCUUCAAGCUCGAGCACGAUCAGGACUGCUCUCCUACCGUCGCUCCAGCGCGUCGGCUCGUUCUGCAGGCCAUCUUUCGCAAGCUCAUCGCUCGCAAGCCAACGCUGAUGUUGGCAGCUCAAAGGUUCACAGAGGCCUUUCCGGAGAGCUCAGACCCGAUUCGCGACUUUGUGCUCUGGGAUGAGCUCGAAAACGAUCAGCUCCGUGCUCUUUCGAAAGCCUUGUCGGUUGCAGGAAGCGGCGGCAUUCACGCAAAGCUGCUCCGAGAUGCGAUCGUUGAUGCAUUGAGCCCAUCCCGUCAGAUUGCUCCACAAGAUCCGGGUGAAGCCGUCUCUCUCUUGGGCGGGUUCGUCUGGCGUUACGCAAGCAAGGAGAUGCUUUCCGUCGAACAAGCCAAGCAUUUCUACGCAUUCAAUCGGUGCGAGACCUGUCUGGGCAAAGUCUGCCGCUCGCUGCUCGAAGUGACGUCGAUACUCGCCUUUGCCGACGGCUUCUUUCCCCAGUGGCGGCGCACUUCGGGCAUGAUGGGGGAGGCACAGCUGCGCAGAGCGGGUUGGUGCCUACCAUCUUACGACGAGCCCGACGAACGACCCAGUACCACUGAUCGAGUCAGGCUUAGGACUGGCAAGUAUGUCUACUCAGAGCGCGAGCAUCGCAAAUGGUUCCAUGCCUUGGUCAGCGCAGAUACGCCUCAUGCGCUCGAUAUGAUAGCGUCUCUCGCAAAGUCGGGAGAAUUCGAGAUUGUCUGUGAACAUCCGUCCGUUCGCUCGAUCACGCUGCCAACAGUCAAUUCGCUCUGGAUGACUCGCGUGCGAGCUGGUCCGUCGAUGCGUCAGCGCAGCUUUGCAAAGUGGACGGUCGAAGCAAAGGUGGGCGUAAAAGGCAUGAUGCAUACGCUCGAGGAAGCCACAACAGCGCGUUUCAUGCGCAAGUUCCAUGAUGCUUACUCCUUGCUCGUCUUGGACAACCGCCCCGGACGAUCCUACGAAGAUUUUGCAAAAGCGAUGGCGGAGGCGAUGACACCGUGGCUACCGCCAUUCUGCCUCGACAUGCCGCCUUUGCACGGCUAUGCAACCGACAUCGCACACGCUAUGUUUCGAAAGGCUGGCUAGAUCAAAUGCACUCGCGCCAAGUUCUACUCGGAACGCUAGCGAGCAGUGCACUGGGAUGUCCGUGUGUCGCUUCUCGCGUAGCCUCCUCACUCGUC